CCUCCGCCGACAUGUUACAGUUACCCGGCGACGCUCGGCCGGCAGCCCGCUGGCUUGAGGUCCAUUCGACACGUAAACAAACAGACAAUACGGAACAAGCUCCAUCUGACAUCGAGACAGACGACCCCAUGGUACUCCCCGCGCCGUCGUACUACGGAAUCCGCAGGUUGGUAGCGCUUGACUGAGUCCCGCAGCGGCAUGGCGGACCAGCGCGACGGCCCCGACGGCGCGCCCUCAGGGGUUGUGGAACUCCGCGAAGACGUGCCCCUGAAGCCGGGCGCGGGGGCCGGCGGGGGUUCGUGCUGCGCGGGGGGACCGCGGCUCAUCAUCGCAAGUUUCACCGUUUUAUCCGUUGCGAUCACACUGGCGCUACUAGCCCAAAUAUAUUCAGGAGAUUACGAGGUGGUGCCUCACGGCGUGGUAUCGUCGUCGGCGGCGGAGUGCUCGCGCGCGGGCACGGACGCGCUGAAGCGCGGCGGACGCGCGCUGGACGCCGCCGCCGCCGCUGCGCUCUGCCUCGCCGUCGUCGCGCCGCACCGCACCUCACUGGACGCGGGCGGUUCGAUGCUGUACUGGGAGUACCGCAAGGCGCGUUGGACGCUGCCGUCGCUGGCGGAGUGGGGCGGGGCAGAGGCGGCAGGGGAGCGCCCCCCGCGGCUGCUGGUUGCGCUCGCUACGCUGCACGCGCAGGCCGGCGUGCUGCCUUGGCAUGACAUCGUGCAACCUGCCCUGCAGCUGGCCAGAUAUCGUGUCAAGCAAAGGUUUAAGCCUCCUCCCUGUGUUCUUAGAAAAGGGUUUAUGGUGUCGGCGAGUUUGGCAGCGGCGGAACGCGCGGCGGGUCUGCCGGACGCGGCGGCCGGCGGCCGGUACAACGCGCCCGCGCUGGCCGACUAUCUGCAGUCCAUACAGAACUUCACCAGCAAGGAGCUAAGUGAGUCGUGGCACACCUGGAACGCGAACAUGUCUCUGAAGGCGGGCGGCGCGCGCUGGGCGGCGGCGGGCAGGCGGCGCGUGUGGGCGGGAGGCGCGCGCGCGGCUGUCGUGCUGGGCGCGCUCGCCGCCGCGCUGCAGCCGCCGCCGGCCGCUGUCGAUGACGCGGUGCACAGGGCCGUGAGUGCUCUCCGAUCUUCGUGGGGAGCGGGGCAGGCUGGCGGAGUCGCGAGCGGGCUCGCUGUCGUCGAUAGCUUCGACACCUACAUCGCCCUCGUCACCGGAACCUCGGUAGCGUUUGGCUCGGGCGCUCUGACGGCAGCAGGCUGGCGGCUGGAUCAUCCAACGCAGCCGCUGGACCUCGCGCCCGCCAUCAUCGCCGACCAGCGCCUCUGCGGUACUCGAUACGUGAUCGGCGGAGAAUCGUCAGCAGCAGUAGUCCAAGCGGCGGCGGCGCUGGCAGCGACGGAGGGGGUGGCGCGCGGCGUGCAGCAGGGCGUGGAGCGCGCGCGGCUGGCGCUGGCUGCCGACGGCGCGCUGCUGCUCGAGCCCGGGCACCCGCCGCCCGCGCCGCCGCCCGCUCUGCUCUUCAACGCCACUCCACCAUUCCCUUCAGUUAAUGUAGUCCAACAACGCGGCGACGCGCUCCUCUCCUGGGCGGACAGCCGGGGCGGCGGAGUUUCCUCUAGAUUUUAAGACAAACAUAACUCAACUCAGCAUAAUUCUGUUAUUUUAUUAAUGGCACUAAAGAACAUUGUAAAAAUGUAGGUACUAAUUAAGUGAAAUUAAUUAUUAUCUAUUUUUGAUUCGGUGUAACUAAAUUGUACGUAAACUACGAGGUAGGUAAAGGAAGCGGUGGUAGGACAAGCAAAACGUGCCCCAUAGACUAGCUCGUGAAAGCAAACAGACUGGAGACACAGCCGGCAUUUAUGUUUAUUGCAUCCAGCUACGGUCGGACAUUAACGCAUUAGUUAGUACGUGAAUACUUCCUAGACAUCUGCCGACUCCUAAAUGACAUUUCUCCGACUAACAUUUUAUAAUAAAUUAAUAGGUUAAAAAACACUAGAAAAACACGCUUUUGGAAGUGCACGUAACUUCAUUAUAACAUCUUUCUAACAAGUCCAAACACAGCCACUAUACGAUGUUCCAUCAUGAAGUUCCAUAUUAUCUUUCUGCACCAUCAAUAAAUCAGUUCGAUAUUGUAUUGUCAUCAAAACGCCCAUAGGUACAGCGGCCAAUAGUCAUGUCACUGCGAUCCUUGGAAGUUGUUUAAAUUAGUUACCUUACAUUCAAUUUCAUAGCGCGAUCAUUAGUGCGAGUUGGACUCGCCCAUGAAGGGUUCCAUAGCAGCAAGUAACACACCUAACAUAAAAGUUCUUGUUGAUCGAUUUUUGUAUCCUUUUUUUAAUUUUGCGUUGAUUAAAUGAAAGGUAAAUUGCGGUUUACGAUUUAUGACGUAUAAAAAAAACUACUUACUAGAUUUCAUUCAAACCAAUUUUCGGUGGAAGUUCACAUAGUAACGUACAUCAUAUAUUUUUUUAGUUUUAUCAUUAUUUUACUUUAGAAGUUACAGGGGGAGGGGGAUUUUACCACUUUGGCAGUGUCUCUCGCGCAAUCUAUUCAGUUUAGAAAAAAAUAUAUAAGAAACCUCAGUAUAAUUUUUGUAGAUGCCACAUGUAUGGAUUUGAUAAAUUUUUAUUUAUUAUUUUCAGUUCUAAGUAUUUAUUGUUUUUUUUGUGUAAAACGUGAUAUUAAUGCGGUUCAUAGACGGACAGACAGGCAGAUAACGUUGGCUACGGAACCCUAAAUAUUGGCGCAUACCUAUUAGGUACUAUGACCAAACAAAUACUAUCUAAUAUAAUAAGAUUUCUAAAAUAACUUCUAAAAGUUCGCGGAAGUUUAAAUUAUGGUUUAUUUUUAUUUUAUUAUUAGUUUUUUGGUGGAUAAACUUAUAGUAUUAUAGAGUGUAAAUAUCACUAUAGUAUCACUGAAGAAAUACAUUUAAGAAUUCAAACUGU